AUGUCUUCCCACCCCAAGGUCGACACAUCGAUACCAGCAUACUACCAGCAACCGCAACAGCAACAGCAACAGCAACAGCAUCGACACCCAGACCAGAAUCUCGACCAAGCACCGCCGCGACCGCCAUCACCGCGAGCGCCUGCAUACAGUCCGAUCACGCCGAAAGUGCAGCCAGUCCUCCCCGUGCCCGUCGCCUCUGCAACGCAGCCACCAUUCGUGCCGCCCGAUCAUGGAGCCGCCUUCACCUUUCAAGCGCCAGUGCCGGAUGCACACACCCAACAGCCUGCCAGGGAGAAGCCCUUGAUCCCGCCGACAGAGUACAUACCGCAGCCGCCGAACCUGCCCUUCUCGAGUGACGAUGCGAGCGAUGCGAUAGCACUCCGAGCGGCAAUAUCGACCCUGCAAUUCCAGAAGAAGAAGGCACAAGGCGACCUCAAAACGCUGCAGAGCCUCAAGCAGCUAGCACUGGACGAUCCCGCGCACUUCAAGACCGAGCUUGCGGCAGGAAAGCUGACGGAGCAGAGGCCGACGCUGGGUGACCUGCGCGCCAUACUGGACCAGGAGAGCGACGGUGAUGACGAAGAUGAGGAUGACGAUACGCCUUUAACGAACGGACGACUUGAGAACGGCACGAAUGGCCGUGCGACAGCAAAGAGGUCUCUGUCGCCACAUCUACCUGCCGAAAUACCGGACUCGCAGCCAUCUCAGCCGCAGUCGCAGACAGAUACAUCGGACAAAAUGGACGUGGAAGCUGUAACACCGUUCCCGCGGAUACCUGGCCCACAGAAUGUAGUGAGAAUGCCAUACGUCAACUGGGACAAGUAUGGCAUAGCUGGUGACUCCCUCGAGAGCUUGCACGCGCAGCAGCAGAAGUGGCCGGGAAGCGCAGGGACUUCGCAAAGCAAAGGCAGGGAGUAUACUGUAGCUGCUCCAUACUCACCCUUUGUGGACAGCAUCGAUUCACAACAAAGGGCCGAGGGCGACGGCAGGAAAGAUUCUGGGGCAACGUCAACGACGCCAGGAGGGACAACAAACAGCGACCGUCCUAUGGGAACACGAAGUAGGAAUGAAUGA